AUGGAUCAACGCCCUUUAGUGGAGCUUCAGGUAAAUGGCAAGGCAAUCUUAGGAUUGCUGGAUACUGGAGCGGACCGCAGCAUUGUGGCCUUAAAGGAUUGGCCUAAAGGCUGGCCUGUUCAAUCAUCCUCACAAACAUUGCAAGGGUUAGGUUAUGCCAAGACCCCGGACAUGAGUGCAAGAGAGCUCCCUUGGAAAGAUCAUGAAGGACAUGGAGGCCGUUUUCAGCCUUAUGUGUUGGAACUGCCUGUCAGCCUUUGGGGAAGAGAACUUUUGAAAGACAUGAAUUAUCGCCUUACUAAUAAAGGGUAUUCCUUGCCUUCUCAAAGGAUGAUGCAGGACAUGGGGUGGUAUCCCUCUAAGGGCUUAGGAAAACAUCUGCAAGGGAGAACACAGCCAAUAGAAAAUGUCCCAAGGAAUGAUAGAAAGGGCCUGGGUUUUUCCUAG